AUGACACCAAAUCUACAUCAGAAGCCGGUCGAUGUGCCGUGGAAACGUCUAACUGCCAGUCAAUGUGUUUUAUUCUUGUUGACAUUACUCACUUGGAUCGACUUAAAACGGCGUGCCAAUGAUUGUUUGAGUGAUUGUUUUGAGGAACAGAACCGGGUGAAGAGGGGUCUUAAAGAAACUGUCAUCAAUAUGACCAAUACGGACCGAAGGAACAAGGAUUUGUGGGUUCAUUCGCUCAGCAAGAUUCAGGUAAUGCCUUUUUUCUACCUUUACAUAGCUUUGUCUUAAUCCAGCGCUAGCCCUAGCUUUGCUUUAGCUUUGACUUACCCUAGCCCUAAACUUGUUGUAGCUCUGAUCUAGCUAUGCGUUAGGAGCGUCCUGACCAAGCCGUGUCUUAGCCUUUUUCUAGCCUUGACCUAGCCCUGCAUUAAUUCUAGCCUUAUUUGGUUCUAGUCGUAGCCCAGUCUUAGCCUUGCCUUACAAUUAGCUUUGCCUUUGCCUUAGCCUUGCCUUAGCUUUGCAUUAGCUUUGUCUUAUCCUUGUUUUGUCUUAGCCUUGCCUUAGCCUUGCCUUAGCUUUGCCUUAGGCUUGUCUUAGCCUUGCCUUAGCUUUGCCUUAGCCUUGCCUUAGUCUUGCUUUAGCUUAGCCUUGUCUUAUCCUUGUUUUGUCUUAGCCUUGCUUUAGCCUUGCCUUAGCCUUGACCUUACCUUGCUUUAGCUUUGCCCUAGCCCAGUAUCAAGUUUUACUUUAUUCGUCAAUGCUAUAUUAAUAUAAUCACUCUUUAGAUGGACGAUCUCCUGGAGAAAUGUCUCGAGCUACAUCAAUAUUGUACGGACGAGAAAGGCAGUGAAAGAGGACCACCGGGACCAGUAGGCGAUACAGGACCGGAAGGACCUCCGGGACAAGCCGGGCCUAUAGGGAAGCCAGGAAUUCAGGGGUUACCUGGACCACCAGGGCCAAUAGGACCACCUGGAAUGGCUGGAGACGAAGCGGUUUGUGUGGACUGUCCUAUCACCGAAAAUUAUGUCAUGAGCGAGAACAGUUGUCCUAAGGUAAUGUUUUACAUAUUUUUUGGUUCCGUUGGUGGCUUAUUGGCAAAUGUAAAACAUAAUAUUAAACGCAUAGUUUGUUUUAUCUUAUUUCACUUAAAAUUUAAUAUAUUGUACAGGGGCGUCGCUACGGAUUUUUUUCUGGGGGGGAGACCCAAAAAAAUUUUUUCGUCCGCAGGUAGCUCUACCUGUGGACCGAUUUUUCAAAAGCAGGUACCUACCUACCUGUGCAAUUUUUUUUCGGAUCGGCUCUGGGGGGGGGGAUCCACUCCCCUAGCGCCGCCCCUGGUAUUGUAGACUUGUAGUUCAUAUUGAAAGUUUUUUUUUAAUUUAUGGUGGAUUUCAUUAUAAUUUUCAUAUUGUUAUAGAUCGAAGAAAUGAAGUGCCCAAGUCGAAUCACGAUGGAUGGAGAAGGCGGACCAAAAGGCGUGGAUAAGAUGCUACCGAACUUUAUCGAAUAUGUAAGUACUUUACUUUUUCUUAUUGUAAUUUACUUUUUUCUACUCUGCUUUGUUUGUUAUUACUCUACUUUAUUCUAACGUGCAUUAAUCUAUUAUAUCGUACCAUAUCUAUCACAUCGUACCCAACACUACCUCUUUUACCUUACUCUACUGUGCUUUAUCCUUUGACACAACUUUACCCAACUUUUCUCUACACUAAAUUACUCUGCUUUACCCUACUCUGUUAUACCUUAGCCUAUUCUACUCUACCCUACCUUUCCUUACUUUACUCUAGUUUAACAUGUUUUACGUAUCUUAACGUACUCUAACUUUACUUGUUUUACUCUGCUCUUCCUUACUCCACUCUGCCCUGUCAUGUGCUAUCACUCUAUCGUGCAUUAUAUUAUCAUUCUGUAUGAUACGUGAUAUACGUAUUUGUACUGUACUUCCUGUCCCUUUUACAACUUUAUCAAACUAUGUACUUCUUCAACCACACUGUACUUAAAACUAUCGUACUUAAUUUUAUUGUACUUUUUCACUUUAAGUAAGAUCUUCUGUGAUUAUGAUCUAUCUUACUUUACUUUUCUUAAAUUACUUGAUCUACAUCUUUCUAUUAAUAAUUCGAAUGUUAUAGAUGUUGGAAAACGAAACAGAUACGGACACAUGUAUGCGAGUAUGUAUGAGCAACCUGACUUCAUAUCGAGAUCAACUUGACAUGCCAACCAGCACUGAAACGGCUUAUAUUCAAGGUGCUACUGCUCGUACGUUUUCAAACCUAUUUUUAGUUUUCCUUCUGAUGUUAACUUAGAAUUGGCUUCAGGGCUAGGCCAAGCAAAAGUCAAGCUUAGUCUGAUAUUUAGGUCAUUGUUAAACCUAGGGUAAUCAAGCUUUUAGCUUCAUUUUAGGAAUUCAAAAAAGUCUUGUCGUCAUUUUAAAUGUAUUUGUAAUUAAAAAAACGGCAAGACUUUUUUUGGCUUUUUUAGGUUGUUUAAAUCAUUUUUUGAACGACUUUAUACUAUUAUUAUAGUAGGAUUUGGUACAAUAUAAUGGGUUUUUAUAAUAUAAUGGCGCUAGGACAAAUGCGGUUUUUGGACACUUGCGGAUUUUUUAAAAGGGUUUUUUUUUCUUUUUUAGUUAAUUUAGUUGUAGUAUGGUACUAAAUGAUACUAAAGUUUAAAUUGGUACUGUUUUAAUAUGUUUUAUUGCUAAAUAGUACUACAUUUUAAAUUGGUACUGUUUUGUAUUUUUUGGUACUGAAUGGUACUAAAAGCCCAAAAAGGUACUGUUAUGUUAAAACCGCACCAAUUUAAACUUUAGUACAAUUUAGUACCAUACUACAACUAAAUUAACUAAAAAAUAAAAAAAAACCUUUAAAAAAUCCGCAAAUGUCCAAAAUCCGCAUUUGUCCUAGCGCCAAUAUAAUAUCAUAGUAGGUAACAAUAGCUGCUAAAAAAAUGAUUUUCACGUAUUUUAGAUUGUUUCCUACAAGGCGUGGGUAAGCCAGUGUUCCAUGCGCACGCCAACACCUUCUACGGCUCAUGGAUGAGGGAUGCCUAUCCGAAAACGGGCGAGGUAGGCUUAUAUGUUUAUAGUGGUAGGCUUUUAUUGCUAUGAUAUAAAAGUUGAACGUUAUGACUGAACAAUAACUGUUGUUAUGUCUAGACGAUAACUGCUGUUAUGCCUAAACAAUAGCUAAGGUAAGGUAAAAAUGAGAUAUAUAAGCUGUUUUUUUAAACGUUUUUACAGGAUUCUCAUAAGAGAUGGCUCACCAACCACUUCGAAGGCAACGAUCUCUACGAAUUCCGAAACGAAGCCGAAAUGCGACGUCAAAACGUAUUGAAAACGUAGGUUUUUGGCUUCUAAUAUAGUAGAAAAUUUAAGGUUUUUAAAAAUUAAAAUUUUUUUCUAACAAGGAAAGUGCCCGACCUGCCCCGCUCUGACUGACUUCAAACUUUUUAAAUAGUAAGAGCAUGUAAAUAUAAGAUCUUCAGCAAAUUACUAAACCGUGUUUUCCAUGAAAUGUCGAGACGAUCGAGAUUAAAAAAUUGCGUUUUGAAUUUUCCGCCAAAUUGGCAUUGUGUUUCAAGCUUUUAUUUUUGUCAUUUUUUGAUUUUGAAUCUUUUUUCUUUGCUGUACUAGUAGAAUACCUUUAAAAGGACUUACAAUUUUCAAAUUUGUAAGCGCAGUUUGAUUGGAAAGCCGAUAAAAGUGCUUGAAACACAAUGCCAACUUUGCCAAAUUGACGGGAAAUCGAAAUAAUUCAAAUUUAAAACUCAAAAACGGGGGCAAAAAUUUUUUAUGGGUACUGUGGAUGGUACAAUUCAUAUAAAAAUUUUGAGCUGAUUCCAUGCGGGGCAGGUAGGGUACUUUCCCUGUUAAUCAUGUUUUUAAGACUUUUUAAGCCAAUUCUUCUUUCUAACUGGCUUAUAAAGUAGCUUUUUUUAUCAGGUACAUAUAAUAAUAAAGCCUUUUUCAGGUACAAACUGCCCCAUUUAUUCAAAGGCACCAACAAUGUCUUCUUCAAUGGAUCCUUUUACUAUCAUCGACCAGGAACUCCGAAACUAGCCAAAUACGAACUGGCUACACAAAACUACGAAGAAGUCAUCGUACAUCCAAGAGCGGCCUAUCGUGGUGAAGAUGUAGGUGUUUUUGAAUUAUAUUGUUGUAGGUUAGAGGAGGUAGUGGUUGAUUUUUAGGUGUUUUAACAAAUUUUAAAAGUUCUAAUGGUCAUUUUUUUUUAUUUAAAAAAUAUUUUUUAUACUUUUUUUGUUGAAAAUUGCGUUAUUUACUGUUUAAAACCUAUUUUAGAAAAAAUUAAAGUUUUCGUUGCGGGACCUAAAUUUAAUUUUCCAAUAUUACAGUACCUCUUCAACCACUCGAUGAACUACUUUGAUAUGGCGGUGGAUGAGAAUGCGUUGUGGGUAAUGUUCCACUACGAAAACGAGGACUUUGUGGCGGUGACAAAGAUGGACAUUAACAAUCUUACCGUAUACGAGACGUACAAUUUGACCAUGAUCAACCAUACCGACAUGGCCAAUGGUUUUGUCGUAUGUGGAGUGCUAUAUGUGGUAGGUCUGGGUAAUAUAGAGUUGGGUAGGGCUCUUGAACUUAGUAACAGAUACGGUAGUCCGUGAGGGGGUACUGUAGUUUUUAAGAAUAAGGUACAGUAGCUGUAGGGAAGAGAGACGGUAGCUUGAUAUGAUGCUGUAGUUCAUGCAGAGGAUACGGUAGGUUCGGCUAAAGAUACGGUAAUUUUGUUGAAAAAUUAGGUAGUUGUGGGAAAGGAUACUGUAUCUUUUGUAACGGUUACGGUAGCGUUUAAAACGGUAGCUCAUUUAAAGAAUACUGUAGAUUAAACUAAAUAUACGGUAGUUAUGUAAAAAAUACGGUAGCUUAGGCUUAAUAUGCAGUACUUUUGGGAAGAGAUACUGUACGUUUUGGAAAGCAUAUUGUAGCAAGAUACGGUAAUUUCUGAAAAUAUACUAUAGCUCACGUGGAUGAUACAGUUCUUUAGACUAAAGUUAUGGUAUCUUUAAUAAAGUUUACUGUAGCUUAUUGUAAAAGAUACGGUAACAUCAGAAAAUAAUACAGUACUAUUAAUAUGUUACCGUAUCUUACGGGCCAAAGUAACAUAGUUGUUGUAAAGUAAAGUAGCGAAAAAUACCGUAUGAAUCCUCGCAAUUCAGGUGCAAAGUUCGAGUGACUUAAAGUCCGAGAUCUCGAUUGCCUAUGACUUUUACCGCGAAAGAUACCAACAACCCAACAUUCAUUGGGUCAACCUCUACCGUAACGCCAACAUGAUGUCGUAUAAUCCGUUCGACAAACGAAUAUACAUAUACGACCAUGGCUACCUACUAACCGUGCCUGUUAGAAUCACUUGGAGGGCCAAAUAA